AUGAAUAUGUUGGAUGAUGAAGAUGACCAAAGCUUUCACGCUACGCGUGACGGCUACUCCCAUUUGAGCGAUGUCGAAUGGGAUGCGGUUGAACGGAUGGGUUCAACCAUGGGCAUCCAUGCUGUUAGCGUCAUGCUAGAGGCUCUCAAUAGAGAUGCCCAACAUGCUACUAUCGCCAAGUUCAUUCAAAAUGAACUUGACGCAGAACGCGAGAAAGUAGCCUUGCUUCACCAACAAGGUUCUCAACAAGCAAAAUUGUUGAGAGAACAGGGUGCUCAACAGUUUGAACUGUUGAGACAGCAGCAUGCUGCUGCUGGUGGGUCGAUGCACUCGCGUCGACCCGAAACCUUGAAGAUUGACAUCUCCAAGUAUAGGGGAGUCGAAGAGGACUCCCUCUUGAGAUGGUUCGUCGAAUUGGAUGACGCCAUAAGGGCGCGUCGCAUCGACGACGGGGAUAUGCAAGUUGCAUUUGCCCAGUCAAAUCUGGCAGGACGUGCCAAGACUUGGGCACUGGGGCUCAAGUUGCACGACCCAUAUGCGUUUGGGUCGUUGGAAGUCUUCAAGUCGCGGCUCAGACAAACGUUUGAACCGCCUAGAGCUGAGUUCAGAGCUCAAACCGAACUCUUGAAGCUCAAGCAGGGUAAGCGUGAUGUGCACGCUUACGCGCAACAUAUACGAUCUCACGAGUUGUAUAAGUUCCAACCAGGUUGA